AUGUCACUUACUGAUCAAACAAAUGCCUCGGGUAUUGCUGACAUCUUGAAGCUUGCCCCCAAUGCCCCUCGACGUCAGACACUCAUUGGCUCCAACAUUGAUGGUCUUUAUCUACUUGCCAAUGGCCUUGCUGUGGAGAACAUCACUCAAGACUAUCCUACUAUUGAUGCUCCAUUCGCCAGAAUAUUGUACGGUCUCCGUCCAGCACAGCAAGUUGCCCCAGCUCCCGGUGCUGCAGGAGGAGGUGGUGGCCAAGCGCAACCAAUCUUUCAACCCCACCUAAUACAAUUCAGUACCAAUGGGUCUAUCGGUGUUGUCGAGAGAAACAAGAAACAUUUCUGGGUGGACAGACUCGAUCAGUUCUCCCACUGCCUGGAUCUCAUCAAGAAUGGGCAGUUGGUGUUGCUUGGAGCUCCACGGUCAUCAGGCAAGACCACAAUAAUCAACGAUAUAUCCUUUGAGCUUCAAAGAGCCUCUAUCCUCCCAAUAUAG